AUGGGAAAUAUAAAUAUUUGUUGUCCUGAACAAAUUGAUCAUACUUAUGAUAAACGCAUAUUUCAAUUCCAAAAAAAACUUCAUAAACUUAACAUUUAACUUAUUUCAUAAGUUUCAUAUUUAGAAAUAAUUAUUUUUCAUAAGGUUUGAUCAUUAUGUAUAUAGAAUGUAGUUGGAGAAUUAAUUGCGAAUUGCAAUGCACCAAGAUUGUUAACAAUAAGUGAAAAAGAUCAAGAAACAAAAUUGGAAUUUUAUGCAAGAAUAAAAUAGUAAAUAGAACUUAAUGAAUCAAACUUUUUCAAUUUACUAAUAUCAAAUUAUUUUUAACAUUUCAAUGAAGUUUUUGCAGAUGAAGAAGUGAUAGAUAUAAUUUAACAAUUCGAUACUAUAUCUUAGAUGCUUAAGAUAGUAAUAUAAUCAGGUUUUUAACAAGAUUUAAAACUUUAUUUUGGGAACGAUCUAGAUAAACUUCCAGAAUAAGAAUUACUUAUUUAAAGAGUUCUUUAACAUUAUUUAUUAGGUAAAACGUCUCCAAUUAAGAAUAAAUUUAAUUAAAUGCUUAACUUAUAUUUUUAAUAGAUGCAAUAUAAUGAAUUAAAUUAAUCAAAUAUACCAGAGAAAGGAACAGUUUUAGAAUAAAAUGAUUUUGAAAUAGACUAAGCUUUGUUACCAAUAUAAGGAGGAGAAAUUGUAAACAUUUCUAAUGAUAGGUAUUUAUAAUUUAAUUAUUUAUUUAAUUAGUUUUUUAGAGUCAUCAGGAGGUUCUGUAAAACAAUAAUAAUAAUAAAUAAUAAUUGAAAUUGAUAAUAUAAUUGAGAAUACUGAAAAAUAAUUUAAAGACCUUCCAUAUGCAACAACAUUUGAUAUUUUGAAUAAGAUGAUAAAAACUACUAAACCUUGGAAAAAGUUUCUAUUAAUUGAAAAAUUUGAUAAUUUGAUAACUAAGACUCUUUUAACAAAUCGAGAUCAAAAUCAGAUUUAAAAUAUGUAAGAUAUCCUUUUUGCUGAAGAUUCUAGAUCUGACAUUUACUUAUAUAUUUUGUAAAUUUUAUAAAUUUAUAUAAUAGCUAUUAGUAUGGAUAAAAGUUCAAAAUAGAUUUUAAAGAACAUUUAUUGAAUGCUCUCAAAUUAAUGUGGGAAUUUGAUGGAUUACUUGGAAGUGAUAUCAAAUAUAUAUAUUGUCCUUUCUUUCUAAGAUUUACAAAUGUCUUAGAAAUGUAUUUGAAAAGUUUGAAUAUAUGA